AUGUUAUCAAUUUUAUUCUUCUCCCUUUUCUUGUUCUCAUCUGUCAAUUGUCGUAUUCAUAAUCUUGCAAUCGUUGAUGAUAAUCGCCAACAAAUUCUUUUAAGUACAUUUGGUUUUCUUCGUGAUGGUACAAUGAAUAUAAAUAUUACAGAUUUUACUUACGAUAAAAUCGCUGUUGGAAAAGAUUCUAUAUUUGGAUUUAGCAUUGAUAAAGCCAAAACUAGUGGUAUUGCUAAUUAUUUACAAACUCGUAAAAGUCAAACAUGUGGAUUUAAUCAAAAUGAUCCAGUCACUGAUAUUCCACAUGUUUAUUUUAUAAUUGAUCAUAAAUCAGAAAAACCUAAAAUUAUGAUUGAACGAUAUACAUCUGAUUUUGAAUAUCUCGAUAUUCAAUAUGAAACACAUAGUAAGCAUAGUAAAAAAACAAGUAUUGUUAAUUUAUUCCAUAAAAAAAACUAUUUAGAUCAAGCAUUAGCAUCAAAUAUUACGAUGGUAACGAAAAAUAAUGACUCACUUGUAAAACAAAUUCCAAUAGAACGAAUAAAUGGAGCAACAAAUCGAUUUCGUUUUCAAUUCCAAAUUACAAUCAAAAGAAAACCUGAAGAAGGUUUAUAUAAUUUAUAUUUUCAUAAUUGUUUCAAUAAAACAGAUGUAUCAUUAAAUCAAAAAUCAUUAUAUAUUAAUUUAAGUGCAAUAUUGAUAGAAAAAAAUCUUGAUAAUUAUUUAUCAGCUGGGGAAAUACCAUUACCUGUACUUUAUUUUACUUGGGCUGUUAUUUAUUUUCUUUCGGGAUUUUAUUGGAUAUUUGUUUUAAAAGUAGCAAAACAUCCAGUUUACAAAAUUCAUUAUCUAAUGUUAUUCCUCGUGCUUACGAAAGCUUUUUCAUUGAUUUUUCAUGGAGUUAAUCAUCAUUAUAUAGCAACUAAAGGUCGACAUGAAGAAGCAUGGGCUAUUCUUUUCUAUAUAACUCAUGUUUUACGUGGUCUUCUUUUAAUUGUUGCUAUAUUACUUGUUGGUACUGGCUUUACAUUUAUUAAACACGUUAUUUCAGGACGUGAAAGAAAAUUAUUUAUUAUUGCAAUUCCACUUCAAAUUUUAGCAGUUGUGGCUCAAAUAUUUUUAGAAGAAAAAGAAGAAAGUGAUGUUGUUUAUGUAACAUGGAGACAAGUAUGGUUUAUCGUUGAUCUUUUAUGUUGUGGUGCAAUUAUAUUUCCAAUUGUUUGGUCAAUCAGACAUCUAGAACAAUCAGCUAAAACCGAUGGAAAAGCAUUGAGUAGUUUAAGUAAAUUAAAAAUCUUUCGACAAUUCUAUUUUAUGAUUGUUUUUUAUAUUUAUUUAACACGAAUUGUUGUUUAUAUUGUCAAAUUAACUGUUCCAUUUCGUUUUGAAUGGCUUGAAGUUGUUUGUUUUGAAUUAACAACAUUUAUAUUUUUUACAUUUACUGCAUAUAAAUUUCAACCAGCUAUUAAUAAUCCAUAUUUAGCAUUAGCACAAGAAUCGGAUGAAGAUGAAGCUGAAAUGGAUAUACCAUUAACACAAAAUGCUGUCUUUGAUCAAAUUACAAAAGUUAAUCAAAAGCCCAAACGAUUCUUAACAAAAUUAUCUACAAAAGAUCCCAAUGAUAUUAUAACACCCGAUGAAGAUGAUGAAGAUGGUUAUCAUCAUAUUCAUAUGAGUACCUCACAUGUCUGA